UGGGAGCUGCAGCAGCAGCAUCAGCAUCACCGGAAUGAGUAACAGUGCGCAACUUGGAGAAACAACUACACUGUCCGGAGGAGCGCGCGUGUGUGUCCGCUUACUGAAUGGUGUGCUGAAGGUAUUCAUGAGGACUUAAAGGGGCCAAUAAAGGGGCCAAAAAAACUGCACCAACUCUCUGUGGAUCUGCCGAAAGAAAGGAAGCCAUGGAUUAUAUAAAAAGCCACAAUACUUGCCUCUCCAUCGUCAUCUUGAUGAUUAGCAGUGCCUGCCACGCUCUUUUGGACAGAUUUCUGGAGGAGACCUUCUCAGAUCAGCCAUUUCCACAUCAUUUGGGCUCAGAAGAUGACAUUACCUCCUGUGAUUUUGAGUCUCUGUGCCUCUGGAGUUCAUCAAAUCACAGCGACCAAAGUGACUGGUCGGUGGUGUCGCCACAGCAACCAGCAAGCGCACAGGCUGGGAUGAUACCUGUGACUGACCAUUCAGUGGGAAGUUCUGAUGGACACUUCCUUCUCCUAACCUCCUCCCCUGCUGCAGAGGCCUCUGGGAAGUGUGAGUACCACUUAACCAGCCCAGUCUUGCCAGGAAGCGUCAGAUACUGCGUCUUGCAGGUGGCUCUGUAUGAGGCCGGUCCAGCGAUGGGGAACCUCACGCUCCUGAUCAAACCAGUUCACUCAGGUUCAGCUGUUCACUCUGUGAUUCUCAACCACAAGAGACCUGACGACCGCAGGGCUGAGUGGGAGGUUCUGGAGACUGUGAUUGGUCAGAUGGAUGAGCCCUUUCAGGUGGCCCUGCUCUACACUUCCUGUAUGGGGGAAAAGGGAGCCACUGUAGCUCUGGACUCUCUGGAGCUCAUAGACUGUGAAUCAGAACACCAGGUCAUCGAGCUGGAUGGAGGAUGUGGGGAAUCUUUCCACUGUGAAAACUCAGGAGGCUGCAUUGACCAGAGUCAAGUGUGCAACUUCCACACUGACUGUUCAUUAGGAGAGGAUGAGGGCUUCAUCUGUGAUGCUCUUCCGUUUGGCUCAUACUGUUCAUUUGAACGGGAUGCGUGUGGUUGGUCUGUGUCCAACCGGCACGCAGCCUGGAGAAGGGUCGCUGGAGACGAGCUUCUGGAGAAAGAAGACAUGCAGGGAGUCACUCUGCAGAGUACACCAGGGCACUUCCUGUUUUUGCAGGUAAGAGAGAGUAAUUCCCUUCGAGAGGCGUCCAUUCAGAGCUCCUCUUUCCCUCCCCCAGUCUCUACUACUGCCUGCCAGAUGCGUUUCUCUCUGUACCUGUAUGGGGACUUUAAUGGUUCUUUGCUGGUGGCUAUAGAAGAGAAUGGGACCACCAACGCACCACUGGUCUGGGAAAGAAAUGGUCAGUGGACAGAUGACUGGGAAGAUGUUGCCCUGCAGCUGACUGGCCUUCAUCAUGGGUUCCACGUUAAGGUGACAGCUGUGUGGGGACAAGGCUCCAAUGCUGACGUCGCUCUCGAUGACAUUGCAAUUGGAGCAGCCUGCUUCAACACAGAUCUCAACUCUCUCCUGCCCAUGACAGACUUGGAGGAUUUCUUAAGCCCCCUUCCAGAGCCUUCGGCCUCAGAAGUGUCUUUGAUGACGUGGUGGUUUACCUCAUGCGGUGCCAGUGGUCCCUACGGCCCGACCCAAGCCCAGUGUGACAGUACCUACAGGAACAAAAAUGUCAGUGUUAUUGUGGGGAAGGAAGGCCCCUUGAAAGGAGUCCAAAUGUGGAGAGUACCUGCUACUAACAGAUACAUGAUCUCUGCCUACGGGGCUGCUGGAGGCAAAGGAGCCAAAAACCACAAUAAACGUAACCACGGGGUCUUCAUAUCUGCCAUUUUUCCUCUGGAGAAAGAAGAUGUACUUUACAUUUUGGUGGGCCACCAGGGAGAAGACGCAUGUCCCGGGAGAAAUCCCCUCACCCAGAAGAUCUGCCUGGGAGAGUCGUCAGUGAUUGAAGACAACUUCAGGGGAGAGGCCAGCUCAGAGUGGGCUGGGGGAGGAGGCGGAGGAGGUGGAGCCACUUACAUCUUUAAGAUGGAGGGAGGUGAGCUGAUUCCCUUGCUGAUUGCGGCAGGUGGAGGAGGAAAUGCCUACCUGGAGGACCCGGAGUCUAGUCUGGACCAGAUACCACUGGAGCAGUACGAAAACAGCACCGUAGCCCCCAGUACCAAAGGUCAAACUGGUGCUGCAGGUGGAGGUGGAGGUUGGAAAGACAGUCCCAGUCCUCACCUGAGGGCGGGAAAGUCUCUGGUGGAGGGAGCUGAGGGGGGAUCCUCAUGUCCCCUGGCCUUGUCCAAGCUCAGCUGGUCCACCUUUGGGGGUUUUGGAGGUGGAGGUGGGGCCUGCACAGCGGGAGGCGGCGGAGGAGGUUACAGAGGAGGUGAUGCUGCGCUGACAGAUGAGAUCACAGCUGACGGUCAGAAUGGAGUCUCAUUCAUUCAUCCAAUGGGAGAAAUUUUCCUUCAGCCUCUGGCAGCCAUGGAGAGUCACGGCGAGUGUGAGAUCAAGGUGCAGCUAAACUGCAGCCACUGUCAGUCGCAAAGCUGUAAACGAGAUGAGGAUACUCACCUUAUCCUCUGUCUGUGCGAUGACGACAAAGUCCUGGCCAGUGACAACGUCACGUGUAUCGGCACUGUAGCUCCUCAGGGCCUGGCUCCGCAGGGCCAGAUGUCGACAUCUUUGAUCCUGGCAGUUGUGGUCUCCACCAUCGCGAGCGGCAUUGCGCUGAUCUGUGCCGGCGUCAUCCUCAUGUGGUACCGCAGAAAAAACGACCUGCAUGCAGUGAGGGGGCGUCUGCAGAGUCCAGAGUACAAGCUGAGCAAGAUCCGCUCCUCCACCAUCAUGACGGACUACAAUCCCAACUACUGCUUCGCAGGGAAGGCCGCCUCACUCAAUGAACUGAAGGAAGUGCCACGCAAGAAUAUAACACUUCUCAGGGCUCUUGGCCAUGGUGCAUUUGGUGAAGUCUAUGAAGGACAAGUUCUGGGGAUGAGCGGUGAUAACAGUCCCAUGCAGGUGGCCAUAAAGACUCUCCCAGAAAUCUGCUCCGAACAGGAUGAAAUGGAUUUCCUGAUGGAGGCGUUGAUUAUGAGCAAGUUCAGCCAUGAGAACAUUGUGCGCUGCAUCGGCGUCAGUCUGAACAUCCUGCCGCGUUUCAUCCUGCUGGAGCUGAUGACCGGGGGAGACAUGAAGAGCUUCCUGAGACAGAACAGGCCACGAGCUGGCCAGACCUCUUCUCUCACCAUGCGGGAGCUGCUGCGGAUGGCCAGAGAUAUCGCCUUUGGCUGUCGCUACCUGGAGGAGAACCACUUUAUACACAGAGACAUUGCAGCUAGAAACUGCCUCCUCACCUGCCCUGGACCAGACAGAGUGGCCAAAAUUGGAGACUUUGGCAUGGCUCGAGAUAUAUACAGAGCCAGUUAUUACAGGAAAGGUGGUCGUGCCAUGCUGCCAGUCAAAUGGAUGCCACCGGAGGCAUUCAUGGAGGGAAUCUUCACCUGCAAGACUGAUACAUGGUCAUUUGGAGUGCUGCUGUGGGAAAUCUUCUCUCUGGGUUACAUGCCGUAUCCUUGUAAAACCAACCAAGAGGUGCUGGAGUUUGUCACCAGCGGAGGCAGGAUGGAUCCUCCCAAGAGCUGUCCAGGGCCUGUCUAUCGGAUCAUGACCCAGUGUUGGCAGCACUGUCCUGAGCAUCGGCCCAACUUCUCUACUAUUCUGGAGAGAAUUAACUACUGCUCUCAGGAUCCAGAUGUGAUCAACACACCUCUGCCAGUGGAAUAUGGCCCUACCGCAGAGGACGAUGGUGGAAGAGUCAUCCGUCCCUCUGACCACACCUCCACCAGCCUCACUCCCCUACUGGCAUCCCAUACUGUUUCCCAGGAUUCCUCCUCCCAGCUGGGUCUCUCCUCUCUGGGCCUGAGUCCAACCCCUCUUCCCCCACAGCCAACCAAACCUCGUCUACUCCUCCAGAGAACCCAACCUGUCCACCAUGAAGUGAUGUCAUGCCGUGAAGCUCUGGAGCCAUCCUGGGCUGAGCCUGUUCCUGCCCCUGGUUUGUCCUCUCCAGGCGUCUGCACGGGAGGCCACUGGCUCCACCCUGAGCCUCCUCAUCACCGACCUUGCUCCAGAAACAGCUCCUCCUCAGGGAGCCAGAGGCUGAAGAACAAGACAAAGAACCUGUGGAACCCCACAUACGGCUCCUGGGUUUUGGAAAACUUCCGGGGGAAGAAAACACUCGCUCACACUCAGUCCAUGCCACUCUCAAGCUCCUCUUCCUCCACUUCUAACAUGCAGGUUCCUCAGACCUGCAACCCAACUUUAGAGAGCAGCGAGGCUGGCGACUGUGCCAACAGCACCCACGUUAGCCCUUCCAGCCUCUGCACCUCUUCAACUUCAUCCCCUUCCUGCCAGGCUCAAGCUGCCCUGAGCACAUCCUCCCAUAAAACAGGUAGCAGCACAAAAGCUGGCAUGGACCUAGCUAAGCUCCAUAGUUUCCCCUGUGGCAAUGUCAACUAUGCCUACGAUGAGCAAAGCUACGAGGCCGAGAGCCUGCCCUUGGUUAUGCCCAAAGCCCAAGAAGCCAUCACAAACACCAGCUCUGCCCCGAGUGUCUCCUCAGGGACUAGCCUGGGGCUGGCGUUAGGCCUCCAUACCUCCUCAUCUUGUAUGCCCAAGCUGCUGCUGAAGCGCCACGCCAGCUACGGACACGAGGACGUCAGGAGACACACCAAACCUGAGAAACCCACACGCGACCGAGACUCUGGAUUUUCUUUGUCUGAAGACCUCAGUGUUACCCCUAUCUAAGAAACGGCUUACUGUAACAGGGAUUUUAAAUUAUAUUAAAAUUAAAUGUCACCCGGAAUCCCUUUUCACACAACCUGAGACUAGAAUCCUGGAUUUAUGAAAAAAAAAAGCAUGACCGCGAGGGCUUUGCCACGGUCUGAGAGCCACAACAUCAAAUUAUUAGAGCUCCUGGAAUGCUGGAAAACACAGUCACGUUCACAAACACUCCUCUGCACUGUGAUACAGAGAGCCAACGCUGGACUCAGAGCCCUUUGCUGGGCUUCUGGUACUCUGGUAGCUGAACACUGAAGCUGAAACACUGCGGCACGCAGCCCUGCGCUUUCUCAAUGUCCACAUUGUCAGUGAUGGCUGCCAUAAAUAACUGCUGUAGUUACACUCCUUUUCUACCUAUAUGUUUUUGUUUUUUCAUGAACGCUUUGGCAGUAGUAUAUGUUGCAUCACAGUAAACAAUUUGUUGGAAUUUGUUGUAUUCAGUGUAAUAUGACCAUAACAAGCCAAACAAUAUUGAGCCAUUGGGAAGAGAAUCUCCAAGAUUGUGUUUCUUUUAAGAAUUUUUUAUUUCAAACCUUUAAAAUUCAGAAAGGCUGUAGAGUUACUAAAACUAGUUCAUUUAUUUCAUUUUAUGCAUUCUUUAGGAAGUAGUACACUUCCGUGAUUCUGAUUUGCUUUCACCCUAAAUAAUGUGAAAACACAUACGCCUAAUAUACUGCAAUAACAAGUAUUACCUUUUUCUGAAAAUGUCUGAAGUUUUCUCUGUUUUUCUAAAUAGCUCUUGAGCUUGAGGGUUCAUUCUCAACCUUGGAAACAGCCGUUUGGCAAACAAACUCUCAACACAAGGUCUACUUACUCAGUGCUUCUAAAGCCUCCCCAACAGAUGGAGUUUGCUCAGUUGUCAUGGAGAUAGUUUGGUCGUUAAGUAUGGCAUUUUGGCCACAUGAAUGUGUAAAUGAGGAGAUCCUAAACCUUGCUUUUGUUUGAGGAUGAUCUUAGGUCUUAGGUGUCAAAUGUGAAUACAACCGUCCACUGACUGCAGGUUAAUGACUCUGACCUCCUCCCAGUUGAUCUGAAAUCUCACGCUGAAGACAAUACUCCAGAAAGCCUUUGCUUCUAGCCAAGAAAUAGUCCCACACAAACCCACUUACACUUCUGUUUUUGUAUGAAUUAAAACAACCAAGAUAUGGCACGUUACUGGUGUAGAGGUGCUACCAGGCAGAUAUUUUUACCUUUGGAUGGAGUCAGGCUAGCUGUUUCCCCCUUGUUUUCAGUCUUUAUGCUAAGCUAAGCUAACCAGCUGCUGCCCGUAGCUUUAAAUUUACUGUACAGACACAAGAGUGAUAUUGAUCUUCUCAUCAAACUCUCUGCAAAGUAUUUGCCAAAAUGUCAAAAUGUCCCUGAAGGCGUUAAAUGGUUUGCGCUGUACUGUAAGUAAGUGAAGCUUGUGCUGAGAAAGAUCUUGAUUUGUCUUUUGUAUAUUAUAUUUUUGACUAUUCUUGACUCUCUUUCCCCAUGUCCCAAUAUUUACUUGGACUUAUAAACGUAUAUGCGUAUAGAAUUUGAUGAUGACCAUGUAGCUGUGAAAAUAUUUGCUAUUUUUGUACUGACUUCGUACACUGGACUAACCCAUUGCAUUCGUAGCUGUUUUAUCAUUUAUUUGUAUUCAUUUAUGUUAAUGAUGGAUCUGUAUUUGUAGUUGAUCACUGCCAUUAGAUACCUCUACUGCAUCUACUGAUGUAGUGCUGGUAGUACCUAUGUUUACUCAGCAGGGGGAGGUAUUCAGCUUCGAUAUACCAAACAUGCUGCUGCAGGUAUCUCAGUUCCUACAGUUAAUCAAAGAUUUAAUUGUGAAAAAUCUCUAUUUGGUAUUUAUGUUUUCAGGUUAUUCUUAUUUAAUCAAUUUGGUAGUUUUAUUCGAUAUGUGUCUUUAUUUGGAGCCUGAAUAUGUUGAUUGUUUAUUUUUUCAUAUGUUGAAUGAACGGUUACAUUCAUGUGAGAGUUCUAUAGGCUUACUGUGUGUUUUUUUUAUGCUCAGGCCUGCUGAUAUUAGUGAGUGUUUAUCUUUGUUCACUUGAAAAUAACAUGUUUUAGAAAAGACAAAAGGCUCACGUAGUUUUCUGAAGACUCCUUUUAGCAAUUGAUGUGGGCCAUUUAGAAAUAUUGAUUACUGUGGAAAGUCUUUCACAGAGAAAAAAAUAAUCUUCGUCUUGCUCACAUUGUUUAGUUUUUAUGGCCUGGUGUAUUUUAUUACACACUCUCUGAAAGUUUUUUUUUUCUGUAUUCUUUAUGUAGCUGAGGGUGCCUCAACCAAAAAUGCAUUCUAUGCAAUAUACUGUAUUUCACUUUCAUCUAACCUAACUGUGCCCCAAAUAAAUCAACAUAUAUUGAU